GUUUUUUUGUUUUUCUUAGUUUGAUUUUUGACCCAAUUUCCAUUGUACCUACCUUACCCAUGCAUUUAUCAAAUGGAUGGAUCCGGGCAUCCCAAAACGACUAGUAAUUGAUCUCUCCUUUUUAUCUAUGUAAACUUUUUGAUCAAAGCCACGCUCAUUUUCUUUUCCUUGUUAUGCUAUACCAGUGACCCGAUGUUGGUUCGUCCCCGAGACACAAAAUCCCCGUUCUGCCGUUAUAUAGCCUUUCUCUUCGAAAGCUAGUCUUGCCUGUAAUUGCCUUGAAUCAAGCCAAUUUGAUCAGCCAAGACCCACUGCACCCUUCGGGAUCUUUACAUUCAUUGCUCUACGAAGUUACUGCCACAUUUAAAGUUCUACGAACAGUCUCAAGCACUAACGACUUGCGACCCACUACCUCCUAUCAUUGCUCUCCUUUUUCCAAUUCUCACACGACGACGACAACGACGACUAGACAUAAAUCCGAAUCAGAGGUCGCGCGAGCGAUAUACGCAGACGACAUGCCACCAACUACAGUAACUACUAAUGGUAUACACAAGGAAGUAGGGGAGCUUCAUAUCAACGGCAACGGUAAUGGUAUUGUCAAGAACCAGCGGGCCAGGAUGGCCAGGAAACAGUCAAGCCCAAUGAUGCCCGCAUUCAUGGUCUCGGCUCCUGGAAAGGUUAUCGUAUUUGGAGAGCACUCGGUAGUAUACGGCAAGAAAGCUGUCGCCGCCGCCAUAAACCUCCGAUCAUACCUUCUUGUAACGGCGCUGUCCAAGUCGAAGAGAACCAUCACACUCAGAUUUCCAGACAUCGACCUCAUCCACACUUGGAACAUCGACGACCUGCCGUGGUCUACAUUUUCGCAGCCCAGCAAGAAAAAAUACUACUAUGACCUUGUCACGUCGCUGGACCCCGAUUUGAUGGAUGCGAUUCAGCCCCACCUCGAGCCUGUUUCAAGCGAUGCCCCCGACGCCCAGCGCAAGGUCCACAUGAGCGCGGCGGCAGCCUUCCUCUACCUGUUCAUGUCCCUUGGAUCACAUGCCUUCCCAGGAGGCAUUUACACGUUGAGGUCGACGAUACCCAUCGGCGCAGGCCUGGGGUCGAGCGCCUCCAUUUCGGCAUGCCUCUCAGCAGCACUCCUACUGCAGAUCAGGACAUUAUCAGGCCCUCACCCGGACCAGCCACCGGACGAGGCCCGCGUGCAGGUCGAGCGGAUCAACAGGUGGGCCUUUGUGGCCGAGAUGUGCAUACACGGCAACCCGUCUGGAGUGGACAAUACGGUCUCGACCCAAGGCAAGGCCGUGGUUUUCCAACGGCUGGACUAUGCCAGGCCACCUGUCGUCACCCCCAUGUGGGACUUUCCUGAGCUCCCGCUGCUCGUGGUGGACACAAAACAAGCCAAGUCGACCAAGUACGAGGUUGAGAAGGUGGCCAAGCUUAGGGAAACACACCCCAAGAUUGUCAACUCAAUAUUGGACUCGAUGGACAAACUUACCCAAGCGGCAACAGAUGUGCUAACGGACGAGGAUUUUGACAAUGAGGAUGUCGAGAGCCUGCAGAAGGUGGGCGAGCUCAUGGGCAUGAACCACGGUCUGCUUGUGUCUUUGGGAGUGUCGCAUCCUAGACUGGAAAGAGUGCGGGAGCUCGUGGAUCAUGAGGGAAUAGGAUGGACAAAGCUGACGGGUGCCGGUGGCGGUGGAUGUUCGAUCACGCUGAUGAGGCCCGAUGUCCCAAGGGAGAAGCUGGAGCGUCUGAAGGAGAGGCUAGAUCACGAGGGAUACCUCAAGUUCAGGACGACCUUGGGCGGUGGCGGCGUUGGUGUACUGUGGCCUGCCGUACUGAGGAAUGGAAUGGACGAAGAUGAUGAGGGUGGGAUGGAGAUUGACGUCGAGAAGUUCCUGAAUGCGGACGGGAACGAAGGCGUCGAGAGGCUCGUUGGUGUGCACGGCACCAGUGGCGAGAGGGAAGGCUGGAAGUUUUGGAGGGUCGGUAAUGCAUGACCAAUCAUUGGCUUCACUUUGCAAACAAUACUACGGCCCCCGGGGAGUAUGAGCGGAGAAGCGGGGAAAGUUUUCACAUCAGACUACGACGUGCCGGCACAUCAACCGUAGAUGAUGCUGGUACUACGCGCGUGUUCGACGCAAAUGCCCCAGCUUGCAAUGUUGGCCGUACGCCAAAGUUUCUUGAUAUAAACGGAGUCAUUGGGAAGGUAUAUUCCUUUUUUUUUUCCUCGUGUCUCUCUUUCUAUUUUCUCUGUCUUUUGGAUGCUGUUCGGGGCAGCAAAAAAAAAAAAAAGAGAUGAGUAUCUCGGAAGCGACGGAAGAGUUAUUGUAAUGAUGAACCUUUCCUGAAGCCAAUGAAGAAAAGCAAGAUCUAGAAGUAUGAGUCGGUCGAGUGUGCCUAUCUGGGCUAAUUAAGCUAGGGUGAUCCUAGGUGUCAUAAUCACACUAGAACUAAUAAAUGUUGGCCCAUCUACGGUACUAUGGUGGGUUCUGGAUGGAUUGUCGGAACAAAUAAAACAAGUGACGCAAGGGA